GGCGUUUGACUUGCAUUCGACCAUCCUCAUCCACCACACGCUAGUCACCGACAUCACCGCCGCGCACGGGUGAGCCACGCUCAGUGUCAGAAGUCUGAGUCACUUCCGAACAGCUUCUGCAAGAUGUCGGCACCAUACAGACAGUACGCCUAUUGUUCGCUGCUUUUGCGAGAGGGUUGACGUACAUACCUGUGCUCCACGUACGCAGGGACAUGCCCCCGCCAGGGGGGUUCGACGCAAUCAAGUACAAGCGCAAUCUGCCGUUGCGCGGGCCCAGUGGUAUCGUCAUCCUCGGCGGUGUGACGGCGCUGUGCGCGUACGGUUUCUACCGUGUCGGAAAGGGCAACUUGGAGAAGAGAGAGCUACAGAGAGAGAAGGUGUGGUCCCGCAUCCACCUGGUGCCACUGCUGCUGGCCGAGGGGGACCGCGAUGCGUACCGACGUCAGCAGGCAGCAUUGGAGCGCGAGAAGGAGAUCAUGAAGGACGUGCCGGGCUGGGAGGCGGGCAAAAGCGUCUACAACAACCCAAAAUACCGGUCUGGGGAGUGGGUUGUGGUUCUCUGAUGGUAGUACCAUUUCUGUACUUGCUUCUGCAGCAAUCGUAUCGGGCGAUAAUAAGCUUCCAUUCAGCAGUA